AUUGACAUUGACAGUUCAGUUAUUUCGUUUUCGUUAUUUGUUUUUAUUUCACGUAAACACUCGGGAAGGUGUGUCAGAACGCAUCCGAAUGACCUGCGAUGUCUUCAGUGCUUGACCACAGAUACGAAUACUUGAACAACCCCUACUUCAAGAAACACGAAUACGGCAACUUCUCAUCAUUUUACAUAACAAUUACUAUUUGUUCGAUAUUUCUGUUUGCCAUCAUAAUAUUGAACAUUGUGCUGGGCUGUUGCACGAGGCAUUCGACCUAUUGGCAAGACAGACACACCGGUAAUCGUUGGUUGGUUGCUCUGUGGACCGCCACGCCCCAUCAACAACCCUCUUUGGACUACACUGAGCUAGAGAGUGUUGAAGUAGUUCACCACAGGCAGACUCACAGAGGAGUCCCUACAGUAUUCGAGCGUCCCCCUUCGCCGAACGAACCUCCGCAGUACUUGGAGUUGCAGAAGCGAGAAAGCGAAAUUUAACGUGUAAUUUACUGCACUAAAAAACAUGUUUCACGUUUAUUGGCCGGCCACGGCAGCCCUGACGAUGUUCCUGAU